UUGGAACAACAUUUGAACCCUCCCCUCUCUCUCUCUCUCUCUCUCUCUCCCCUUUGCCCAAACCAGAGGACAAUCCCCAACGUCAACCGCUUUCUCUCUCUCCUGAAAUCUGAUACAGUUCUCCAAUUCCUGCCCCCCAAGUCCCAACGCAAACAUACCCUAUCUGAUUCUACGAUCAUAUCUCUCUCUCUCUCUCUACUCUUCUUCAUGUACCAAUUCACCAAUCCCUGGUGUGCUUCAAUCUGAUUCGUGCUUUUUGCUUGUUGCUCAACUCCUGAUUCGUCGACAUUGCGCUGUUCCCUAGAUUGAAGCACCCAGAAAACUCCCCAGCAGUUUCAGUUAGGUUUUUUUUUUUUUUAAUCUCAACCGUUGGUGAUUGGGAUUUUGCCCAAACUCGUCUCUUCUGGGGUUUUCAACAUUCUUUCUAGGGUUUAUAUUUUUUGUAUUAAUUUAUCUUCGAUUUUUUUCAAACAUUUCCAAUAUUAAAAUUUAGUACUAACAGUUUAUUUGGGGGAAAAAAAGUUCCACUUUUGAGUAUUGAUAUAGUGUUCUAUUUUGUUUUUUUUGGGUGAAAUUUCAUCAAUACCCAAUUUCAGGAUUUUGCAACGUUGAAGCAAUGCUAUAAAUUGUAUUUCUGUCAAAAUCAAUGGUGGUUUGUUUCGGGUGCAAAGAGUAGGUUGUGUUUCAGAGGAAGGGGCCCAGGCUAGUGAUCCAAUAGCCUUGUAUGGGCGAACAUGAGGGCUGGGCACAGCCAAGUGGCCUAUUGCCGAAUGGCCUAUUGCCCAAUGCCGGACCAGCAAUCCGGGUCCUUGACUCGGAGAGAUGGUUAAAAGCUGAGGAGAGGACUGCAGAGCUUAUUGCCUGCAUUCAGCCCAACUCACCAUCAGAAGAUCGCCGAAAUGCUGUUGCCGAUUACGUGCAGCGACUCAUUAUGAAGUGCUUCCCCUGUCAGGUGUUCACUUUUGGGUCUGUACCGCUCAAGACCUAUUUACCCGAUGGAGACAUUGACUUAACAGCCUUCAGUAACAAUCAAAAUUUGAAGGACACAUGGGCUAAUCAGGUCCGUGAUAUGUUGAAGAAUGAGGAGAAGAACGAGAAUGCUGAAUUUCGAGUAAAGGAGGUUCAGUACAUUCAAGCAGAAGUGAAGAUAAUAAAGUGUCUUGUGGAAAACAUUGUGGUAGACAUAUCUUUUAACCAGCUCGGUGGGCUAUGCACGCUUUGUUUCCUUGAGGAGGUUGAUCAUUUGAUAAAUCAGAAUCACUUAUUCAAGCGUAGUAUUAUAUUGAUUAAGGCAUGGUGUUACUAUGAAAGCCGUGUACUGGGUGCUCACCAUGGACUUAUUUCAACAUAUGCCUUGGAGACUUUGGUUCUUUACAUAUUUCAUGUUUUCAACAAUUCCUUUACUGGACCACUUGAGGUUCUUUAUCGUUUUUUGGAGUUCUUUAGUAACUUUGACUGGGAUAACUUUUGUGUUAGCCUAUGGGGUCCUGUGUCCAUUAGUUCACUUCCAGAUGUAACAGCGGAACCUCCCCGAAAGGACAGUGGAGAGUUACUACUUAGCAAAUUGUUUCUUGAUGCUUGUAGCUCAGUAUAUGCUGUUUUUCCUAGUGGCCAAGAAAAUCAGGGACAACCUUUUGUUUCCAAACAUUUCAAUGUUAUUGAUCCUUUACGCGUAAACAACAAUCUUGGACGCAGUGUUAGUAAAGGUAAUUUUUUCAGAAUACGCAGUGCAUUUGCAUUUGGAGCUAAAAGGCUGGCAAGAUUACUUGACUGCCCCAAAGAGAACCUAGUUUAUGAAGUAAAUAAGUUCUUUAUGAAUACAUGGGACAGACAUGGCAGUGGUAAUCGCCCUGAUGCACCAAAAUCUGAUUUGUGGCGCAUGAGAUUGUCUACUCCAGAUCACCCACAUGGGUCUGAGAAUCUAAAGAACAAUUCAAGUGUCAAAAAGUUGAAUAAGAAUUCUUCUGGUUGUGAUACUGAAGUUGAUGGAACUCAUUCACGUAAUGUUUCUUCCCAACAUGGUAAUUGUUCAUUGGAAAGCACAUCUAGGAAUACUGAAGCUACUUGUAAUCAAAGCCAAAAGAGUUCUGGCAACCUGAACAGAUCAAGAGUUUCAGAUCAGGUUGUACUUGAAGAUAGUCCUACCAUGGGUGUGCACAUUGAUAAAGGCCAGAGAAAUGUUAGACCUGAUCAUCUGGUGAACGAUAUUCAGGGGAGGUUUCUUUUUGCAAGGACACGUUCUAGUCCUGAGCUUGCUGACACAUAUAGUGAUGUCUUUUCUCAAGGAAGGCGUAACAAAGCACCUGAAAGUGGAAAAACUCAGGCUACCCCUGCCAGACCGGAUAAUAACAGGAGGAAGAAUUCAGGAUCUGAAAUUUUAGUUAACCAUAGUGCUCGAUCUUCAACUGAUGACCCCUCAUCUGUCAAGCAUGUUCCAUCCCAUCAAAGCCUUGAUGCUGCUGUUGACUCAAGCAGUUCAAAUAGUUAUCACCGUGAUUCUGGCUCUGGUGCCAUGGGUGAAGAGUUUUAUUCUGCCAGUGGGCCACAAGGGAUGCAUCAGGAAGAGCAGGAUCUUGUGAACUUGAUGGCAUCUUCUUAUAUUCAGAGUCUUAAUGGACAGGUUCAUGUGCCGCUGAAUCUUGCUUCGUCGCACCUACCUUUUCCAAUCUCACCUUCCAUUCUAGCUUCAAUGGGAUAUGCUCAGAGACAUUUGGCUGGAAUGGUUCCGUCAAAUAUUACCUUGAUUGAUCCUUCUUUUUCAAACAUGCAGCUUCACCAAGGUUUGGUUCCUCCACCACUAACCCAUUACUUCCCUGGCAUUGGAUUGACCUCGAAUUCGGAGGAUUUGUUUGAACCUGGCAAAGAUACUUUUGGUUCCGUGGAAACGAACCCUGAGGAGGCUGAUCAUGAUUUCUGGCAGGACCAGGAUUUCACUCCCCUGGAGGCUUUGAGCCUUAUAGUAGAAAUUAUGAAAUGUUUCAAUCAGAUGAUAAGCUGCAAUCAAGUUCAGGCAGGCCAUAAUUUUGGUCCCCCAUCUCAGUUUAGUGGUUCUGGCAGCUCAACGAGACUUCACCAGAAGUUCACCAAAGAAAACCACGGGUCAAUGCAGGAAGAUCAUCUCGAUAGUUUACUGUAUCAAGAUAACCGGAAUGAUCUCUCUGAUGAAAGAACUACAAGUUCACGGUUCUCAUCUGCUGCACACAGUAGUUCUCUGAGAAGUAAAACCUCUUCAGAGAGUUCUUGGGAUGGAUCAUCAUCAAAGGUCUCAAAGUCGACGAGAGAAAAAUGGGGAAAGAAAACAGUUCCAGCAGAGCCGUCUACUAUGCAUGGGAAAGGUAAAACCGUGUCUGAACAUGCUACUCAGCCAGGGGAGGAUGACAGGGACUGGAAUCCAGUGUCAACCACUGGCAGCAAAAUGGCAGAAAGAAGCUCAGGACCUCAGCCUGUUGGUUCUAUGCAUGGUCUAAUGCCGCACAUGCAUGGCUAUGAACUGGCUCAGACAAGCGGAUCAGACUCGAUGAUGCCCAUUGCUCCAGUGCUGUUAGGUCCUGGUUCGAACCGUAAUGCGCAAGAAAUGGUUAAUUCUGGUGGGGUUCCCUUUACAUUUUAUCCUACAGGGCCACCGGUCCCAUUCCUCACAAUGCUUCCUUUCUACAAUAUUCCACCUGAGACAGGAACUUCUGACACGUCAACAAGCCAUUUUGGUGGGGAAGAAGGUCUGGAUAACAGUGAUUCCGGUCAGAACUUUGAUUCAUCUGAGGGGUUUGAUCAGUCUGAGGAACUAAAUACUACUAAUUCUUCGAGGAGGGCUGCUUUUGUUGAGACAUCCAAUGAGCAUAAGCCUGACAUUCUUAAUAGUGACUUUGCUAGCCAUUGGCAAAAUUUGCAAUUUGGGCGGUUUUGCCAAAACCCACCUUUGAUUUAUCCUUCACCUGUUGUUGUGCCACCUAUGUACCUGCAAGGUCGUUUCCCUUGGGAUGGUCCUGGAAGACCUAUGUCAACCAACAUAAAUCUCUUCACUCAGCUUAUGGGUUAUGGCCAUCGGCUUAUUCCUGUUUCUCCACUCCAGUCAGUUGCUAAUAGACCUCCCAAUGUCUAUCAGCGCUAUGUUGAUGAGAUGCCAAGAUAUCGUAGUGGGACUGGAACCUAUCUGCCGAAUCCUAAGGUUGCUGUUAGGGACCGGCAUUCUUCGAGUACCAAAAGGGGGAACUACAACCAUGAUAGAAGUGACAACCAUGGUGAUAGGGAGGGGAACUGGAAUACCAAUUCAAAAUCGCGAGCUGCUGGUCGCAACCAUAGUCGCAACCAAACUGAGAAGUCAAACUCAAGGCUGGACCGUUUGGCUGCCAGCGAGAGCAGAGCAGGCAGGUCAUGGAGACAUGACCCUGUUCCUUCUUACCAGUCCCAAAAUGGUCCAUUGCGGUCUAAUUCUAGCCAGAGUGGUCCUCCCAAUUUGGCAUAUGGCAUGUAUCCUUUAUCAGCUAUGAACCCCAAUGGAGUGUCAUCAAAUGGACCAACUGGUCCGCCUGUUGUUAUGUUGUAUCCAUUUGAACAUAAUGCGAGUUAUGGUUCACACGGUGAACAGCUUGAAUUCGGGACUCUUGGGCCAGUGGGUUUCUCAAGUAUGAAUGAACAACAGCAGCUAAGUGAGGGAAGUCGAUCGAGGGAAGCAUUUGAGGAACAAAGGUUUCAUGGGGGCUCCAUGCAACGGACUUCACCAGACCAGCCAUCUUCGCCCCACUUUCCAAGAUUCUUCUUGAGGAAGGGUACGUAUGGAGUUUGGAUUUACCCUUAGCAAUUGAGUUGAUAUUACCCUCCAAAUUACGCUGAAACAGAAGGCAUACUGCUUAACAAGCCUUGAUUCCUAUUGCUUGGAAGUUGAAAUUCACUCUAUGGAUUUGUCUUUGCCAAUAAAGUCCAUGCAAAACCUUGUUCUUAGUCAAGGUAAUAUGUCCUUUCUUACAUGCUCAAUAUAUGCCCUCUUUGGCCUGCUGCAUAUUCUUUUACUAUUUUCAACUUGGAUCAAGUCCCUCAAUUGUACUGGUGCAUUAGUUACUCAAAAGUUGCAAAUGGCCAAACAAUCCCAAUUGACUUUUGUUUAUUUUAUUUUAGAUCGGCACCACUUUUAUUAGAACAAGACUAUUAGAACACUAAUUGAGGUGGGGUGUAUUGAGUAGCUUCAGUGAUGCUCCACAAAAAUAGAGCCUGUGAAGCCCUUCUCGCAUGGUUUGGAGAAUCCUAUAUCAAAACAUCAGUUGUCACUUUUACCUACAUACUCCUGAAUAUUAUUAGUAAAUUUAGGCAAUUAGGCUCAAUGUGGAACUGUAACUUUACAUCAACAUGCUUCAUCGAGCCUGUGAGUCUAUAUAGACAUAAAACAAUAGUUACAGCACAUGUAAGCAUGAAGAAUAGGCUACGGGCUUUCUUAUUAGUGCCCGAGUUUGUAUGUUUAUGUUGUAGAAUUUGUUGCAUCCAUGUGAUGAUGCGACCUGAAAUAUUUGUAGUUGAGCAAUAUUAUUAUGGUAAUCAGUCAUAACUACCAGGCUCUUCCCUCGGUGAAUUCACUAAGUGCCAUUUGUGUGAGCCCGGAUUAGAUUUAGUAGUGGAAUUUGGUCUGUUUAAAGCUCAGAUUGUGAGAUGUUUUUCUUUUUCUUUUUGAUAAUGAGAUUGUGAUGUGUUUCAAAGCUCUUUGUUUCUCUGUCUUAAAGAAUUAAGGAGUAACUACACUUUACCCCCUAUGAUUUGGCCCAAAAAGACAACCUCCAUAUGUUUUAAAAGUAAACACAACCCCUUGUGGUUUCAACGAAAGUGCAAAAUGAACGGAUUCUGUCAGCUUUAAAGGCUUGUGGACCCCACACUUUGAGUUGACUGGGCAGUAAUGUUUUUCUGCCAAAAAAAUAUGUGCAAAUUGACUUUUUGGUCCAAUUUUUUUCAAAUAUUCUCCAUUUUACACACACAGAGAGUAGCGGCAAUAUCGAAUUUUCACUUUAGUCCAAAUCACAUGGGGUUGUGUGUUCACUUUUAAACCAUGUGGAGGUUAUUUAUUUUUGGGCAAAACAAGGGGAUAAAGUGUAAUUAUCCAAAGAAUUCAUGGGUUUAAUUGGCUUAUGGAAGGAAUGGUCUUGUUAGAGAACUAUGUGAGCCUGAUUAGAAUAAGCUACGUACUGCAUGUUUAAUGUCAUGGCUGUGAUUAGUUUAGUUACCUAUUGCUUUUCCAUUUUUCUUUCUUUUCUUUUCUUUUUUCUUUUUUUGUUUUGAAUUUUUAUGCAAGUUUCUCAAAAAUUAUUUUUGAU